GACCAAGAGGUGCCAGGCCAGGUGUGCGCGUCCGUCGGUUCUUCCGUGCCCGCGCCGGAGACCAGCCCCGGAGGCCGCCCGGGCCCGUCCCUGCGCCCGGCACCAUGAAGCAGGAGUCCGCAGCCCAGAACACCCCGCCCCCCUCGCCGCCCGCGCAGCCCUUGGGUGACGACGAUGACCCCCAAGCGCUGUGGAUUUUCGGGUACGGCUCCCUGGUGUGGAGGCCUGACUUCACCUACAGCGACAGCCGAGUGGGCUUCGUGCGCGGAUACAGCCGCCGUUUCUGGCAGGGAGACACCUUCCAUCGGGGCAGCGACAAAAUGCCUGGCCGUGUGGUGACCCUUCUUGAAGAUCGUGAGGGCUGCACUUGGGGUGUGGCAUAUCAGGUGCGAGGUGAGCAGGUGAGCGAGGCCUUGAAGUACCUGAAUGUGCGGGAGGCAGUGCUUGGUGGCUAUGAUACCAAGGAGGUCACCUUUUAUCCCCAAGACAACCCUGACCAACCUCUCAAGGCAUUGGCCUACGUGGCCACCCCACAGAACCCUGGCUACCUGGGCCCUGCGCCUGAGGAGGCCAUUGCUACACAGAUCCUGGCCUGCCGAGGCUUCUCUGGCCACAACCUUGAGUACUUGUUGCGUCUGGCAGACUUCAUGCAGCUCUGUGGGCCUCAGGCACAGGAUGAGCACCUGGCAGCCAUUGUGGAUGCUGUAGGCACUAUGCUGCCCUGCUUCUGCCCUACCAAGCAGGCUCUGGCACUGGUCUGAGGGGGCAGAGCCCCUGCAAGGAGUGCCCAUGUGGACAUCAGGGCCAGCCAACCAUUCCAGUGCACACAUCACUUGAUACAGCUAGAGCCCACUGAGAGGUCACGGUGGGCAGCUGGGGGCUUCUCUUCCUAAGUCCCUGGCUGUCUGUCACCCUCCAGCUCUCCUGCUUGACGUUGACUUACUACUUGAAACUUUAUUUAUGGUACCAUGUUGGUGUGGUGGGCAGGAUGGGGGGCCUGCCCUGGACACAAGGGCCCUGCUGAGCAGUGGCCCCAACCCAGGCCCCUGGUGUCUGACUGGAUUCCCCCCAGUGCUGCUGCUAACCCCAUACCACCCAGGUCUCUACCUACCCAGGGAGCCUCCAAGAGCCUAGAUCUCUGCCCAUCCAGACCAACCAUUCCCUACCCCUGGAAAAAACCACCUGCUCAUCCACCAGGUCCACAGGGCAGAGUUGGAUCUGAUGCCUGGACACAACUACUGAGACUGGGCCUAGGCCUUUUACACAUUUGGUUUCAUUUUCCUGUCCCUCUGUCUGUCUGCUUCUCUGUCUGGGCCACUCCUGUCUGUUGGUCUAUUCCGGGGAGUCUCAUUACUACAGCCCCUGACACCUUUCCAGUCUGCCCCAUACUGUUAUCCAUAAACUGAUCUCUUAUCUGUGC